GGCAAGGCGAGGCGGAGGACCGUGUGCGGCGGGGCCGGUGGCGGGUAGAGGUGCGAGGGCGGCGAGGGACCUGAGGAGUAGUCGGGCCGGUGUGGCCGCCGCCGCCGCCAUGCAGGAAAUCAUCGCCAGCGUGGACCACAUCAAGUUCGACUUGGAGAUCGCGGUGGAGCAGCAGCUCGGGGCACAGCCGCUGCCCUUCCCCGGCAUGGACAAGUCAGGGGCUGCUGUCUGUGAAUUCUUUUUGAAAGCUGCCUGUGGCAAAGGGGGCAUGUGUCCCUUCCGCCACAUCAGCGGUGAGAAGACCGUCGUGUGCAAACACUGGCUGCGGGGACUGUGUAAGAAGGGGGACCAGUGUGAGUUCCUGCACGAGUAUGACAUGACCAAGAUGCCUGAGUGCUACUUCUACUCCAAGUUUGGGGAGUGCAGCAACAAGGAGUGCCCCUUCCUGCACAUCGACCCCGAGUCCAAGAUCAAGGACUGCCCUUGGUACGACCGUGGCUUCUGCAAGCAUGCCCUCGAUUUGAACUGCCGAUGGGAACCACCGAGCAGCCCCCACUGCCACAGCAGACGCAGCCUCCGACAAAGCAGAGAGCCCCGCAGGUCAUCGGGGUCAUGCAGAGUCAGAACAGCAGCGUGGGCAACCGGGGACCCCGGCCGCUGGAGCAGGUCACCUGUUACAAGUGUGGCGAGAAAGGACACUACGCCAACAGAUGCACCAAAGGGCACUUGGCCUUUCUCAGUGGACAGUGACAGCAGCUGGAGCCAGCUCAGAGCAGCCCAGAGGGCCCCGCUGCUGGGAACCACUGUGGGCCCUCGCUGGGAGCGUGCGUCGAACUGUUUAACGCCAGUGUUGGUGCAGCGCUGGCUCGGGCUGGCAGACAGGCACGCUGGGGUUCUCGUUCUGAGGGGCUACGUCUGUCACUUUCCUUAUCACUUUGCUGUAAUCUUUUUUUAAAAGGGGACAAGUGCUCUAGUUUGGUCCUUCCAAGUCAGCAUCAUGUCUGUCUAGCAUCCGUACCUCCUGUCCGAUCUCCCUGCACACCGCCCUUGGGGGAAGGGAGGAGGUUGUGGCAAAGGGCUUUGUGCUAAGCAGUCGGUGUGGAAGGUAGCCCUUCCCCUCGAGGCCUCAUCAUUAAACACCAGUUCUUGGUGACCCCCGGGGCUGGUGGAUCAUUUAAAGCUUCGACCAGGUCAUGCCUGCUUCUUCCAUGUCCUGCUGAGUUCAGAAGCUGUGCCUGUCGAUGGGAUUUAAACCAGGCAGCCCUUCAGGGCAAACUUAAGUGCACUUGUUGCCUCAGCCUGGUCCUGCUCCAAGGUGGCAGUGGUGGAGAGGAAGGGCGCAGGGCUCUCCGGGGUGAGGGUCUUUUUUCUCUGCGCUGAUUUUCUUGGAGCACCUACUUGACCGUGGGAUUAUCUCAAAGUGUACCUUCAGCUGGAGCUGCAGAGCACCCAUUAAAUCGAGGCCGCGGUCCAUCUGUGCACCUACCUCCUGGCCCGCCAAGCAUCUGCACAGUCACUCAGCUUUGGCCUCCGGAGACCCCCCCCCCCCCGCCCCCAAACCUGGAAAUGUGAAACUGACACCUGCAACCCACUGGGCAACUGGGCCCAUUCAAGUUCCAUCACAAGAACUUUUUAUGAGGUUGAUUAAAAGCUUGUUUUUUAA